GAGUCCUUGCUUGGUAUGGAGAAAGCAACCGCAUUAACUACAUCAUCGCAAUUAACUCACGACAACAAUGUCAAGUCCAGACGCAGAAUCAGAUCCCACGUAUACUGUGUUUGUAAAAUUACCAUUUCCGCGUGGUGGUUUUAUUGAUCCCCCAGCCGUGGAAUGGGAUGCGGGAAAAGACAAGGCUCUUUGGAAGAUAUUGCUCAAAGCUCCAAAGAAUAGCGAUGUUGAUUGGACUGCAUUAGCUACGAAAUUCGAAGUUACCCUUCCAUUCCUCCUUCAACAGGUAGCAUGGCUUUACGAGCGACAAUUUUCCCAAGUUCGUGAGCAGAUGAGGAAAGCGACAGUAUCCAAAGGCUCUCUGGCUCCGUCGCCAGUUCCAGACAGUACAUCUGAAGCAGCAGGUGGAGAAGAAAUGAAGAGAACUGGAUCUGGAGGUGGAGGCCCGCGAAUUCAGUCCUCUCUUUCUAAUAGAAAGAGUACACCGUUCUCGAAAAAUGAUGGAAGUGUACCAAACACUCCCAAUCGCGUAAUGGCUCCGCCAUUCUCUCGCACAUCGUCUCGGGAAACAACUGUUCAAUCUCGCACAUUCGUAGCACCAAGUUCACGACCAACUCAAGCCACCACAAACCGGCGAUCUCUCUCACCGAAGCAGCGAUCGCGACCGCCUUCAUUGGCAAUCGACCAUCCACCUAGAAAUUCUCCACAACCGGCACAACUCUCUUCCCCCGAGGAUUCCUCCGAUGACGAUGCUUACCCAUUUCAAUCAACCCUGCUCAACAAACGCUUUCCUUCUAUCAAGAAAACAAACAAAGAUCCCUCAUCAGAUGAUGAACUCGCUUUUCUUCCCACCCCGCAAGAUCCAUCUGCCACCCUUCGAGGAGUCCCCCCCAAUCCUUCUCGGCGAACGCCCGCCCACCCCAAGAAACUAUUGCCAGUCGAAUCGCAGACCUCUGAUUCCUCCACGAGUUCUUCCGCCCCAAUAGUGAAUAAAAGACACAAUAAUUUAAGCGGAGGAGGAAGACGGCCGAUGACUGGCCCAUUGAGUCCCCGUCGCACAACUGAGUUACAAAGUGAGAGAAGUGAUGGGGGAACACCAAGUAUGGGUAGUAGUUUUAGUGAUCUGGAUGACGCGUCCGUAACGCAAAGUGCACUAGAAGAGGCACUCGCGAGCAACAUGCAGGCAGGCGGCAUGGCAAGUAGAAUGAGCACUAUAAGCCAAGCUCUGAGGAGUCGAUAUCUAUAAUAGCCGCAAGCAUGACACGAGAUUAUAUCACGAAACCUCUCUUUACAUUGUCACAUUUUUGGAGUUCGGAUGGAUAUCGGUACUGGGGAUAUUUGCUACGAUAUAAACGGGACAUGAAAUUGGAUAAGAUCUAUGGACAAUGGAUAUGGACUUUAGGUUGGAGAACCGGUUGAUUAGUGGGUUGGAUUUAUUAAGUUGUUUGUAAUCAUAAUCUCCAGUAUUUAAACUUCGUUCUCAUGCUUCUUGCCCCUGCAGCUUCGCUUCUCAGAUUUGUGCCGCUUUUUGUCUGUUCUUUUUACUUCUGAUAGUUAUACACACAUAUAUAUAUAAAUAUAUAUAUGGCAGCUUGAAUAUCCAGGGAAGGCAAGUUGGUUCAAGGGGUAAUAAGAUGAAGAUAGAGCGACCGAAGCGACUAGUUUAGAAUGGUCAAAUCCAAAGUUCUUGAGGAUCCGAGAAUUCUCUUGUGCUCGUUGAAUAUGAAGUCA